AGAUAGUGUUAUUUUUAGUUACAAUGUUUUCAUCAAUUCUGCAUAGUAAUUUAAGAUGUUUUUUUCAAUCUUGAGAAUCUAUUUUCUCUAGGUAUCAGCUAGAGGAAUUUGUGAAUUUAGUGUUUGAGCAGUGAUUUCUAGCUUUCCAAAUAAUGUCAUUUUUCGACAAUGAAGAGUAUUUAAUUUCAUUUUUAUAAGUUCAGGAAUGUGAUGCCUAAAGGACAAAAACAUGAUGAACUUUGCCCACACCGACUCUUUGAAGAAGCUCCUAUGUGUCAACUGCCAAAACCUACUGUCUCACUUCCCCAUUUACUUCAACCCGAAUGGUCCGACCUGCGGGCGGUGUCCGACUGGUGAAAAUUCUAUAAGAAAUGAGGCAUAUGAAAAUCUCGCCCAGUUCCAAAAGUUUCCUUGUUGCCACAAAGAGAAUGGAUGCUUAGAAAAUCUGUUCCCUAAGGAUAUCCCCCAGCAUGAGAGGUUAUGCAGUUACAGAAAAUACUCUUGCCUCACUCUUGAUAUGAAUUGCCGGUGGCGGGGCUUAUCUCAAGAUCUGCUGACGCAUUUCGAGGAGGAGCAUCCUCUGUUCCUUCUGAGUGAAGGAAACUUUGAGAUAGACUUCGUCAACAGCCACAAGGAGAACUAUCUCCUCCCAUAUGGGGAAAAUUUGUUUAUGGUAAACCGUACUACUGACUCUAAGACUGGCACGUUUUGCUGCAACGUGACUUACAUUGGCAGCAACAAAGUUGUUGAAGAAUAUUCCUACAAAAUUAUAUUGGAGAGUGGGAACAAAUCGAAGGUUCAUGAGCUCACCAAAAAACUCAAUUGCCCCAUAGAAAUAGAUAGCAAAAUAAUCAGGAGCAUACUGAAUGAUCCUUUGUCUAUUGUGGCAAGGAUUGAGGUGUUUCGUGAGGAGAUUUUGAUUAAUAAUUGUGAAAACAAAGAUGAGGACAGUGACUUGGACUAUGAACUUCUUCGAGAACUGGAGUGUUUGGUCUGCAUGGAGUACAUGGUCCCGCCUAUCCACCAAUGCGUUACCGGCCACAGCAUAUGCAUGAAAUGCAAAGAAAAAGUCAAAGAAUGUCCCACGUGCAAGAAAGAGUUCGGGAACACUCAAAAUUAUGCGCUGGCCCAAAUAAUCAGCCACAUCACCUACCCGUGCAAAUACGAGAGGUGCUCUUACAAAGCCAAAGCCAAAAACAUCAAAGUUCACGAGGCGACGUGCUCUUUUGGCCCGUUCAAGUGCCCCCUGCAGGAGUACGUUGGCUGCGAGUCACUCAUCAUCUUCGACGAAAUGUACGACCACAUCCUGAACAAUCAUUACGAGAACCUGCUGGAGAUGGAGACUGUCUCGUAUCCUUUCAAUCAUGACGAUGAAAACGAAGAUGAGGAUUGUUACAUAGUGAG